AUGGAAAGGACAGCAUCAUACACCAUCACCGAGCCCCACCCCACGGUGGUGCAAAAUACAUACACCAAGGCUGGCCGCGGCGGCGCCGGUAAUUUCUUCAAGGCUCCCAAGACCACUCCUUCGUCCGGCGUUCCCACCAAGGUCACACCAUCAGCACAACCCAGCGCUCCCGGCCGUUUCUACUCGGGCCGCGGCGGCGCCGGCAACGCCCACACCUACACCUCGCGCCCUACCCUUUCUUUCGACGAGGAGUACCAGAGGGCCGAGGUCCGCGAGAAGGCUGCCACCAUGGGCUAUGUCGGGCGAGGCGGUGCCGGCAACAUCUUCAGCACCGUCAGUGACAAGAUCAGCAUCCGCUCUGAGGGCAGCUCGAGGAGCAGGAAUCGUCGCGACUCCAUCAGCACCACGGACAGCCACCGCUCUGGCUUCUGGAGGACGUUGAGCAAUCUUGCUCACAAGGGUUAG